UGUCAGAACGACAAAAACACAACUACAACAUAACGGAACAAGAAUGCGAAAUAACUAGAGCGCGCGUCUGCAGAUAGGUGCAUAUAUUCACUGAAAACUCAAAGGAUCUUCACUGUCAGCCUGUCUUAUCUCCACCUGAAGGUGUAAAUAUCAGUAAAAACUCAUCUGAAGGACUCGCAGGCCCAAUUUAUGCUGUAUUAUGGAGUCGUGGGUGAGAUUCAGCGCGCAGAGUCAAGCCAAAGAGCGCGUGUUCAGGGCUGCCCAGUACGCCUGCACACUGCUGGGAUACACGCUGCAGAAAGGAGGCGCAAGAGCAGAACUGCUGCACACGUUCAAACAGCUGGAAGCUCACAUGAGCCUGACCAGAAAAUUGAUGCGUUUAGGGAACUCUGCAGAGGCACUGGAGGCAGCUAAACGCACUGUACAUCUGUCAGACUGUGUGCUACGUCUUUGCAUCACAGUGGCCCAUUUAAACAGAGCAAUGUAUUUUGCAUGUGACAAUGUACUAUGCGCUGGCAAAACGGGAUUGCUCCCUGAACUUGACCAAAACAAAUGGAGCCAGAGGUCAUUUAGAUACUACUUGUUUGCACUCAUCCUCAACCUAACCCGAGACGUGUAUGAAAUCCAUCUGCAAAUGGAGAGAGAGUCCCGCAGUACUUCAUCUAAAAGCUUUAUAUCCAGUCCGUCCCCUCUCACUCCGACUACAGAGAACGGAGAGUUCCCCCUGACCCCCUCUCCAUCUUCAGCCCUGUCUCCACUGCCACCCCUACCUCUGCUAUCAGCCAGGCUCAAAAAGCACUUCCACCUCCUGGUCACUGUGCUGCGCAACAACCCUCCGCUGCUCUUGGAUGUCCUGAAGAAUAUGUGCGAUGUUUUCAUUCCGCUGGACAGAUUGGGACUGUACCCAACAGGGCCGGGCUUUGUAGGGGCCUGUGGUCUCGCCUCCUCCAUCCUGUCCAUUCUCACUAUAGUUCACCCCUGGCUCAAACUCAAGCCAUGAAUGACAUGAUUAAAACUACACAUCCUCUCUGUGUAUAUCUAACAAGAGCCUCUCUGAGGGUGUGUAGAUAGUGUAAAGGAGAAUAUUUGCUGCUACAUUCCAGUUUAAUUGCACAUUCAGCAAAACCUUCUCUUAAUGGGUGGAAUAAACUUUAUGACAUUAAAAAAAAACUAAGUCAGUUAUACUUUAACCCUAGUGUUUGUUGUGAAAUCCAACACAGAGUAAAAGUUUUGCUGACCUGAAAUCAUGAUUUUCUCACCCUCACAUUGUUUUACACCUGUAUGAACACUAAAAGAGAUGUUCGCAGAAUGCUAGGAACUGGGAAAGAGAAAUAGUUCCUCUUGCAUUACUGCAUAUAAUGGUUUAGUUUUCAGUAUGAUUGAUAUAUAUGGGUUCUCUUGAGUCUUUUAGUAUCAGUCAUCUCCGGAGGCUGAAUAGCUUAGAGGGAUAGUUCACAUAAAAAUUUAAAGGGCAAAUCUUAAAAAUUGUCCCGAUCAAAUAUCAGCCCACAAUCGAGUAGAAGAAAUUAUAUAUUGUAUAAUGAAAAUGAAGCCUGUUUUAGGACCAUCAUGGUUAUAAUUAUUGUAUUACUUUAUACAUUGUGUAUGUAUUUAUAUAUAUAUAUAUAUAUAUAUAUAUAUAUAUAUAUAUUACACACACACUGGCUGCCAAACGUUUGGAAUAAUGUACAGAUUUUGCCGUUUCGGAAGGGAAUUGGUAAUUUUAUUCACCAAGUGGCAUUCAACUGAUCACAAAGUAUAGCCAGAACAUUACUGAUGUAAAAAAAACAGCUUCAUCACUAUUUGAAAAAAGUAAUUUUUUUUUUAUCAAAUCUAGACACCCCAUUUUCAGCAGCCUUCAACAUCUUAUCCUUGAGUAAUCAUGCUAAAUUGGUCAUUUGGUUCUAGAAAAUCACUUGCCAUUAUAUCAAACACUGCAGAAAUCUAUUUGGUUUGUUAAAUUAAGUUUAACGUUGUCUUUGUGUUUGUGCCAGAUAGGCUGGUUUGACUGUUUCUGUAACUGUUGAUCUCCUGGGAUUUUCACACACAACAGUCUCUAGAAUUUACUCAGAAUGGUGCCAAAAACAAAAAAUGUCCAGUGAGUGACAGGUCUGUGGAUAGAAAUGUCUUGUUGAUGAGAGAGAUCAACAGAGAAUGGCCAGACUGGUUUGAACUGACAAUUCUAUGGUAAUUUAGAUAACCACUCUGUACAAUUUUGGUGAGAAGAAUAAUAUGUCUGAAUGCUAUUCUGAGAUGCGGGCUUUGGGGGCACGAGGGGGACAUUCACAAUAUUAGGCAGGUGGUUUUAAUGUUGUGGCUGAUCGGUGUAUAUGAAUUACAGAAACAUAACCCAGAUAUUUCUUGACAGAUUUCAUGUUAUUCACUUUAAAGUGUUGCAUUUUAUUGAGCUUAAAAUGUAAUUGACAAAUUCUGAGUGUCAUAAACUUUGCUAAGCAGAUGCUAUUGUGUAAGUGCACUGAUCAAUUCAGUAACAGUUGCCAUUUAAUGUUCAAGGAUCUUUUUAAAUCUCUGUGUUGAAAGCUGUUUCUUAUAUUGCUGAAUUUGAUUGUCUUAAUGAAUUUUCAAAACUAAUUUCAACACAGGUACUUCACUUGUGCGGUGACUUAAAUUAUCCUUAAAUAAAAGGCCUUUAGCUUAAUGAUUUAAUGAGUUAUCAACUGAAAGCGUUUUGAAAUGCCAUUGAAGAGGGGUUUCUCUUCCUGAAUGGUAAUGCUAUGCAUCACAUUGUGAAAAGCUGAAGAAGCUACUUUGAUGCAACAAUAAAUACAAAUUAAUUGCAUGAAUUGUUUAACAUUUUUGGUCACUGCAUUAGCAAAUUCAGGCAACCAUACAACUAAACUUAGCAUACUUCCAGUUGUGUUAUUUCAUAGAUCUGAUGAUGCCAUUACUUUUUUGAAAAGGGAAAUUUUGACCGGAAUACAGGCUUAAUUGCAUAUUAAAUAUAUGCUGUUACAUUGCCAAGUACUAAGUACGUAAGUUAUUACACGGACUGUAACAUGGACACAGUUAAAUAGUGUUACCUACUUUUGCAAGUAGCUACUCCUCAACUAACCAUUCUUCACUGAGUAUCUAGUAUAAAACUGCCUUGUAUCUGCUCAUGUUCUUUGACUCAUGUUGUCUUUAAUGAAAUCAAUUAAAUUUAAAUGGAAUUCCUCAAAAAAAAAAAAAAAAAUAUUCUGUAAAUCUUUUUAUAUAUAUGUUUACGUAUGGACCUAACAUGACAUUCCUUUAUGACACAUUUGGGUCUUAAAAUGGAAUUUAGAACAAAACAACUUUUUUUUCUGUUACUCUCAGUAUACAUCCUAAGAAUUAAAUCAUCCAGAGCUGACUCCUAUUCCAUGAAUAUUCAGAAUGAAAGAGACGUUAUAGAUUUUGAGUUCAAUGUAUAAUUGAAAGAAAGGAAGAAAAACAAACCUCUCACUUCAUGAUACUUUCACAAAGAUUUAUUUGUUUUAAAACUUACUUCAGAGCACAUGAAGUGGCCCUAUACAUGCAACUGCUCACAUCUGUGAUGUAUAAAAGUCAUUACAUCCAUUUGAGCUACAUCAAACAUCAGAUUUCAUCACAUUCAAAAGCAUAAAACAAAAUCUGUUUGUGAUGGUGACGUUUGGAUAGACCACAUCAUUUACUUUCUGGUGUUUAACCAUGUUAUUUCUUUAAUUAAAUGGUUUUUCUCUGUUAAAUUUCAAUAUCCAAUUUAUAGAGACAAUGGUAACGAUAAUAAACACCAACAAAAAUGCUAUGCCAACACCAACACUGAUAUGGUUAAGGAUGCGUGCCAUUCUGGAGUUUUUCUCUGCCAUUUUUUGCUGUCCCAACAUGUUUGCAUCUCGAGUCUGUGAGAAUAGACAGAAACAAAUAAAAAUGGAAGCAACAUAU